AUGCGCGCCGUCCUUUGGACAGGAAUCCCUUUCCAAAUGAACGUAACUGACGUCCCAAAUCCCACCAUCCAGAACCAAACCGACGCCAUCAUAAAAGUCACCACAGCCGCUAUCUGCGGAACAGAACUCCACACUUACCACGGGGUAUACGGGAGUGGGACCGUCCCGUGGAUCAUGGGACAUGAAUGUAUUGGUGUCGUCGAUGAGAUUGGGAGUGCGGUUGGCUCUGUAGAUGUUGGGGAUCGAGUUAUUGUUCCUGAUGCGACUUAUGAUGGAUACGAGGGGUUUGGGGCUAGGGAAAAUGUGGGAUUUGGGUAUGGGGUUGAUUAUGUGCUUGCCGGGGGUGGUUGUCAAGCUGAAUACGUCCGCACACCCAAGAACACCCUAGACAACGAUUACCUCCUCGUGGGCGACAUCUUCGCCAAAGCCUGGGCCGGCCUCGAUUUUUCCGACUUUGAAACCGGCGAUUCAGUCGCAGUAUUUGGCUCCGGCCCUGUUGGCCUCCUAACCGCAUACUCUGCCAUACUCCGCGGGGCAUCUGCAGUGUAUGCAGUCGACCACGUUCCCGAGCGUCUGAGAAUGGCAGAAUCAAUUGGUGCAAUACCUAUCAAUUUCCGGGACUCUGAUCCCGUAGGGCAGAUACUGGACUACGAAUCAAAAGGCGUAACACGCAGCAUCGACUGCAUCGGCUACGAAGCCGUUAACGCAGACCUCAAACACGAGCAAAAUAUCGUCACCAACAGCAUGGUCUCCGUGACCGCGCAAGGAGGCGGUAUCGGACUAAUAGGCUAG